AAUUCUUUGACUCUUUUCAAGUUCCAAGAUCAGGAUAUAAACCGUCUCCACCUCUGAGAAAUAAUGACCGUAAAAAGCCGACUUCAGCAACCUGUACAGGUCGCCAUUUUGGAUUGCGACUACGUUGUGCCCAAGGUCGCCGAGACUUGGGGACCAACAUAUAGCAGCAUCUUUGCCCAUCGACUGCAAGCUGUCAACAAGACUCUAGGGUCUGAUAAGAUUCUAGAGAUUUCUGCAUUCGAUAUUAUCAAAGACGAAUAUCCCAAUCCAAACGACUUCGACGCCCUCCUCAUCACUGGAUCUCGUAAAGGAGUUUAUGAUAAGGAUCCCUGGAUUGCAAAGUUGAAGUCUUUCAUUCGAGAAACCUACCAGAAUUAUCAACAUGUGCGACUAUUCGGAGCUUGCUUCGGGCACCAGAUUAUCUCUGAAGCCCUGCUUGAAAGAUACGGAGUGAUUGUUGAGAAAGAUCCAAAGGGCUAUGAAGUCGGCAUCCACAAAGUCGCUCUGAACCCAAAAUUCGCAGCUCAUUUCAGUCAUGUUCUGAGCCUCCCUGACGGGGAUGGAUUACGGAUGCAAUUCGCACACGGCGACCAUGUUCGGUUCGAGACAUCUUGGCCCGAGUCGUGGAUGUCGAUAGGAAGCACGCCGCAUUGCACCGUGCAGGGUAUAUAUCAGCCGGGACGUGUUUUGACAUUUCAAGGUCAUUUUGAAUUCGACGAGGAGAUUUCAACGGAAACGAUUAAAUAUUUCUAUACACCUGAACGAGGCUUUAUGCCUGAGCAGACCCAAGCUGCUCUGGAUCAGAUCCGAGGAAAGGAUGAUUCGGAGGAGGCUGCAAAAGUAUUACAUGCCUUUCUUACAGGAAGCAAUGGUGAAUAGGAGGUAUUUUCAAUCUUUAGGUAAUCUGAAUUUGCCUGUUAAUUAUGCCUGAAAUGUCAACAGCGAAGAUCAAGGAAACGGAUGAAAGACUUACCAUUGUUUUACAUUUAAAGGCAGCUCAACCACUUAUAUAUACACACAGUACAAUUCUCUAGUGGUGUUUCAACUCGAUAUGCCUCUUUGUAAGUAAGCAGUCUUGAUUUUCUUGGCAC